CAAUGACUACGCGAAACAUGUCUCGGUUUUGGGAAUGGGGCAGGAAGAUUAUUUGCGUUGGGAGAAACUACGCAGACCACGCCAAAGAACUGAAGAACGCGAUUCCAACAGAGCCGAUCCUGUUCUUGAAGCCACCUUCUGCAUAUGUCAGAGAGGGUUGCCCAAUCGUGGUGCCGCUGUACACCAGCAACCUGCACCAUGAGGUGGAAUUAGGGGUGGUUAUCGGGAAAGGGGGCACGGCGAUCCCUCAGUCCACCGCUAUGGAGCACGUCGCAGGCUACGCGCUGUGCUUGGACAUGACAGCUAGGGACAUCCAAGACGAGUGCAAGUCCAAAGGUCUGCCCUGGACCCUGGCCAAAGCUUUCAACACCUCCUGCCCCAUCAGUGAGUUCAUCCCCAAAGAGCGCAUCCCUGAUCCGGGCAACGUCAAGCUGUGGCUGAAGGUGAACGACCAGCUGCGACAGAGCGGCUGCACCUCCCAGAUGAUCUUCUCCAUCCCAUUUCUCAUCAGCUACAUCAGCGACUUCAUCACGCUGGAGGAAGGGGAUCUCAUUCUGACCGGGACCCCAAAAGGAGUGUCAUCUGUGCAGGAACAUGAUGAGUUGCAGGCAGGGAUCCAAGACGUUGUCACCAUGACCUUCAAAGUUGACAGACCAGAUCAGUAGUGAAAACAGUAAAAAGCCAAAAGACACUUGUUAUGGCAAGAAACAUACUCAGAGAGGGGACUUUACCUGGAAAGUUGAGGCUAAUAUUCAGGAUCUGUCCAAUAUCUGUGUGGAUCAGCAGGUGGCAGUGCUGUGCCACUAUGAGGGACCAUAGUGCAGAUACUUGAAUGCUGCCUUGUCCGGUAAAGAAAAAGUAUUCCACCCAUUAAAGGAAAACAAAUGUCAUUAUGUUUAGGCCUACAUUAAUUGAUCUCAUCAGUGUACUUAUGAUCUGUUUCACUGUAUCAUCUACUUAAACCAGAGUUAUGAAAAGUAUUCACCCUUUGUCACUGUCUUUGUGUGAGAUCACCAGUGGUGGAAGAAGUAUUCAGAACAUUUACUUACUUAAAGUAACAAUACUGUGCUGUAAAAAUACUCUAUUACAAGUAAAAGUCCUGCAUUCAUAAUUUGACAAAAGUCAUAGAAUGAAUGUGUUAUAAGCAAAAUGCAUAUAAAAAGUAAAAGUGGUCAUUAUGCAGACAUUUUCUUACUGUAUAAUACAAAGUUAAAUAUACACUACAACAAUAUACUUAGUAAGAUGAUCAUUGACUUUGUAUAUUAAAUGAUCAUCUGCAAAGUAACUAGUAGCUGUUAAAUGAAUGUAGUGAAGUAAAAAGUGCAACAUUUUCCACUGAAAUGUAGUAGACUAUAAAAGGGAAAUACUGAAGUACAGUUCUUGAGUAAAUUGACUUGCUUCCACCUCUGCAGAUCAUAUUUUUGCCUCCAUUACCUCAAAAGCAAUACAUUAAUACUUGAAUGUGGACUUCAGUUGAGUGAAAUGAGAAUAAACACCUCCUUUCUUUUGGCAAUUGUAUCUAUCAAAAGGUUUGUAUUUUAAUGUUUAUUUUCAGGGGCAAUACUGAUAGGUGCUGUAUCAAAGCACAGUCAACUAUAUUAUUAUCAAGACAGAGUCAAAAAUAUUUUAUUUUAUUUUAUUUUUGGCUACUUGUGUGUGUCACUUUAUGGUACAAAGCAGUGGUUCCCAAAUGUUUUGGCUCUUAAAAUGACGUAUCAUCACAAAUUAAGGCCAUGAGAGUGAUUUUUCUUUUUGUUUAAAGGAUUUUUAGUGGCCUAAGGAGGUGAAAAUAAUGAUUUCAUAAGAAAAAGUGAAAAAAACAAACAAACAAUGAAUCUUCUUGCAAUCCCUCAGAUUUACCCCGUGUUUGGGACCCACUGCUAUAAGGGACCAACAUAUAUAGCAUUUUGAACUCAUUACACCAUAAGAAUAAUAGCUUGUGUGCUUCGGAUAAAGCCACCUCACAGGAGAGAACAUUUCUUACAGUUACAUUAUUAAGCUGAAUUCAUGUGGUCCAUCUUUCAUAAGCUGAAGUGUGAAAUAGAGUUUAUCCCAAAUGAGUUCAAGUUGAGAAAAUAGUCGAGUUAGUGAGGGAGUUUAGAGCACUGACGGUUUGGCACAGACUACCCGUGGUUCCUCUUAAAUUUGGAACACAUGAUGCCGCUUGUUGGAUUAGCCGAAAUGUGUCUUCUUCAGAGAGUUUGAUGGGGUCACGUUCAGACACCAUGUUUCUGCUGCAAACUAGCAUAUAAACAAAGGUUUUAAUUCAUUUUUGAUGAGAUCUGUUACCCCUUCAGUGCAUGCUGUCUGGUUCGCCUUUGUAUACAACAAGAAGACUUCCUGCUAACACAUCGUAAUAAAACAAUAUGAACUGUCGUA